AUGCAAAGCGCGGUCCUGGCAGCCUUCAUCAUCACAGGUGCGGUGCGCUUCUUCAUGCCUGUCUCAACCAUCGCGCUGAACAAGCCCAUAUUUCGUCCUCGCGGAGUUCCUUUCCUCGACGCGUUCAAUCGGCGAGCUGAGCGAGCUCAGGCGCAGGGCUACCUCCAGAGCCAGUCAUGCGGCCACCAGUUCAUCGCCGUGCUCGCAGCGAUUUCCUCCGAGGCCAAGGUUCUCGUUCAAGCGACAGCCCGCACGCGCCACCUCGAGCACGAGACGGGCGUGGACCGCAGGAACGGCUCCGAUCUGCACCGCACCGUCCUCGCCCAAGGACUCGUGCCGCAGUCCGUCGCCGACGAAUUCAUGCAGUGGAACGAAACUGGCGACACCGCGCGGCACAAGAAGUGGUUUCAGACCGACAAGAAGCAGGCACGCAAGGCAUGGGCCGACUCCAUCGACGAGAUUUUGUCUAAGGUCAACGAUGUCGUGCCCCGGGUCGACGCCAUGAGGCUGGGAAGCCAUUCUAGACGUGCCGGGUCCUGCGGCCCGUCUGGCUCAGACCCAGCGCCGUCCACUGACAUGGCCCUCGACAGCAUCGUCCAGCUCAUCGAGCAGCGGAUCCUUGACAAGCUAGACGCCAAGUUCCACGCGGGUUUCGCGUUGCUGUCGUACUCCUACACCAAGCAGCUGCCCGCCCUCUUCACCCGCGCGAUUCAGCCUGUCACGGAGACCCUCCAAAGUCAGGUCGCCAAGGAGGUCAACAAUAUGCGCUCCGAGACUGCGGCCUCGUACAACACGCGCAUGGUGCCCACCAAGAUAUGCCAUGCUGCUGAUGAAGCUCACGCAGCUGCAGUUGCAGCUCGCCGAGUUGUAGAGGAAGCUCGGUGCCGCUUGCACGCUCCUGUGGAGGCGGGGAUGAAGCCCGCCAAGUUGCAGCUGCAGGGCGACGACAUGCGCGGCGGGAUCGUAGACACGGUUGACCAGCGGUUGCAGGACAUCGAUCGCGACACCGACGAAAUGCAGCAGCAUAUCGACUUGCCCGAGCAGCACGUCCAGCACUUGCAAGGCCACGAGCAGUACUUCGACAACCGCGAUGGCUCUGGCCACUUCGACAGCUACUUCGGCACCCUCCUGAAGCACAUCAGGCACGACGACUGUUGCAACGCCUUCGCGAGGAUCCUGAACCCGCCUGCCGUGCCCCUUUUAUUGGUGGCUGGCACGCUCGCGAUUGCCGUCCACCUGCAUCAGAAGCCGCCGUCGAUCGAGUCCGACGAGCUGCAGCAGCAGAUCGGGCACGCCGGGCCGACCCAUGGAAGUCACGACGCCCCCGGUCUGUUUGGCAGCAACUUCGACGACCUCUUCGCGCGCAUCCAGCGCGCGGACUGCUGCGACGGCCUCGCGAAGGUUCUGGACCCCCUCGGCCUGUCCAUGCCGCCCCCCGGGCUUUUCGAGAAGACGCAGCAAACCGCGGCCGCCGCCGUCCCGAUGCGUUCCGAGCCCGACGCGCUACAAAC